AUGGAUUCGAUCAGUACCCCUAGCGAGAAGAUCGAAUAUGCCCGACAAGACGCCCCCGAGAGCUUGUCCAGCGGCUAUGCUUCCGACCAGAAACUGGUUCGAAGUCUGCUGCUCAAAUUAGAUACGAGAAUCCUCCCCAUUCUAGCCGUACUUUUCCUGUGCUCCUUUCUUGACAGAACAAAUAUCGGCAAUGCCAAGGUGCUGGGCUUUGAGGAGGACCUCAACAUCACCAACCAUCAGUAUGAUAUCGGCUUGACGGUAUACUAUCUCACCUAUGUCCUCAGCGAGCUGCCAAGUAACCUGAUAAUCAAAAAAGCCUCUCCGAGAAUAUGGCUGCCAUCCCUCACUAUGGUUUGGGGCAUCAUCACCAUGUGCCUGGGGUUUGUCAAGAAUUUUGGAGAUUUCGUCGCCGUACGCGCUCUUCUCGGGGCUGCUGAGGGGGGGCUGCUACCAGGAAUGGUGUUGUACCUCUCGUCUUUCUAUCGACGGGGUGACUUGGCCUUGCGGAUCGGACUAUUCUAUACGGCGGCGUCUUUGUCGGGAGCGUUCGGAGGACUCUUAGCCCGUGGAUUGGCUGAAAUCGGCCCGCGGGGCGGUUUGGAGGGAUGGCGCUGGAUCAUGAUCAUUGAAGGGCUGCUGACGUUCGUAUGUGGCGGUCUGAGUUAUUUCGGUCUUCCCAACAGUGUGGAAACGGCGUCCUUUCUCACACCCGAGGAACGAUUGGUUGCUCGCCAGAGACUCAACCUUGACAGCCCGACUGUAUCUGAAGGUUCGCAAACGGACGGACAAGAAACGAUGAGAUGGUCGGAAGUGCGCCGAGGCGUUUUUGAUUUGCAGAUGUGGCUCUCCGCAACUGCCUAUUUUGCCAUUCUAUCGGGGUUGUACUCCUUUGGAUUAUUUUUGCCGACCAUCAUCGAUGAAAGUGGUUUUGCGACAGAUGCGAACCAAGUGCAAUUGUGGACGGUCAUUCCGUAUGCCGUGGCAGCUAUUCUGACCGUGGCCGUGUCUUUCCUGUCGGAUCGUUUGAAACUUCGAGGGACCCUCAUGCUGUUUACUCUGCCGAUUGCGAUUGCUGGAUACGGCGCAAUCGCCAACAUUGAGUCCCCCAAGGCCAAGUACGGAAUGACAUUUCUCAUGGCCACGGGCAUGUAUGCAAGUGUUCCCUGCAUCUUAGUGUGGAACUCGAACAAUUCGGCCGGACACUACAAGCGAGCCACCACGUCGGCGAUGCAACUGGCCAUUGCAAACUGCGGUGGAUUCGUUGCCACGUUUAUAUAUCCCAACACGGAUAAGCCCCAGUUCCACCGCGGCCAUUCAGUGGUCUUUGGGCUUCUCAUUUUCGCCUGGUUUAUGAUUCUGCUGAACGUGUUAUACUGUGCCAAGCUCAACCGCGAUAAGAGACAAGGCAAGUUUGCAAAGUACGAGGGGUACAACGACGACCGAGACCCCGAGUUCAAAUUUGUGCUGUAG